UCACUCUGACUGCUGUCACUUUGAAACAUCAAAACAAAUUGUUUUCAAUCCUAUAAAUGAAUAAGAAUAAAACUUAAUUUUGUACUUUUUAAGUGUGUGUUUUAGUUGUAUUUCUCCGAUAAUUUUUAACAAUGACAGUGUAUUUAACAAGAAUUGCCGUAAGUGCGAUCCGGAAUAUUUCAAACAGGAGUUCCAUGCUUUCCAAUGUCGAUUUUUCGCCGGUGAAAUUGCUUUUGCAUAAUAAAAACGAUAUAUUACAUUUAUCACGGCAAUUAACAAUAAGAAAAUAUACUACCGAUACAAUCCAACCGGUAAUUGCUUUAGAAAACGCUAGUAUACCAUUGAAAAAGAAGACGGUGCAUAAAAAGGCGGUACUUGAGGAUUUAACCAAAAAGGAAGGACAUUAUUUAACAUUUGCUUACGCAACAGCGAAUUCUUACGAUUUGAAAGCAUUAAAAGAAGCUCUAGUACAACAGAAACUUUACGAACCCGGGAAGUUAAAGGCACAUGAAGUAGGAGAUGUUGUGAUUGCAAAUCCUGUCUACACAAUAGGCACAGAACCUAGAGAGAUUAUUUUCUUCAAAGAAGGUGCAGUUGUGUUUUGGAAUUGCACAGAAUUAGAAGCUAGCAAUGUUCUCGAUUUUGUUAAAAGAUAUGAGAUUGAGGGAUAUCCAAAAGAUGUUAUAGAAAGAGAAAGGGAAGUAAUGACUUAUGUAUAUCAGCCUAAUGUUAAAAAAUGCCAUUUACAAGAAUCCUGCUUCGUUUUAGUACCAGAUAGAGAUAAUUCUUUGGAAAAGUACAGUUUUAGUCAUGCUAUGGCACAGUCAGCUCGGCUCGGAGCUUGGGAAGCGCGCCUGGAGUCGCUCGCCGCUUCUGUCAGAGAACACAGCGCUAUCAUGGAAAGGGACGGAGCUACACAUGUCGAUAAGAAAGAAGUAGUAAGGAAAUUAGGAGAACUUUUCUCUUUGCGACAUCGACUGAACGUGGAAUCAGAUUUACUGGAUACGCCAGAUUUUUAUUGGGAAGAAGAGGAAUUAGAAAGAUUGUACUCCAAUACAGUUGCAUAUUUCACUAUACCGAGGCGGACAAGGGUGUUAAACGAACGUUUAUCCCAUUGUGUGGAACUGUUAGAGUUAUUAUCAUCGUGGGCUGCGGACAGACAUCACGUGAGACUGGAAUGGAUGGUGAUAGCGCUCAUAUUAGCGGAGGUCUGCUUCGAGUUGUUACACUUCUUUGAGAGGAGUUCUCGCAAAGUGCGUCGUAAAUCUACGUAUUCAAUGGACUUUGAAGACCCUUUAUUUCAUGACCUUUCCAUCAUCGAUACGUAAUUUAAAAUCAGUUUGUAAAUAAAACAAAGCUUUAAUCAUAAGAU